AUGGAUCAAUCUCAUUCACUUUUAAAUAGAGGACCUCAAGAUACUCGCCCUCCUAAUUUUAGAACAAACAAUAGGGAAAAUAGUAACAUUGUUGAUUCUCCUCAUAUAAUUCAGAAUUUAGUGUAUUGGAAAAAUCCAAAAAAUACAUUAAAAGUAUUCUCUUCAAUUCUAUUCUCCUUAAUCAUAUUUAAACUUUUCAAUUUCUUUACACUUUCCCUAAGAGUAAUUUAUUCAAUCUUAUUCAUAUCAUCAUUAGCUGAAUUCAUUACAAAAUUAACCUUAGGAAGAGGCCUAGUAACAAGCAUUUCACCAUUAAGAGAAAUAAAGUCCAAAAAUGAAGCUGUCUCAACAUUACAUUCAGAAAACUCUAAAUUAGAAAAAUAUUUUAAAUUCAUUUGGGAUUCAAAUAUCCUUCCUGAAUGUCAAUUAUACAUGACAUCAAUCAUAUUCGCUAAAUCACCAAGGAAAACUUUCGCAUUUGCAUUAAGUUUCUACAUCUUACAUAAAAUUGCUAAAUUAGUCUCCAUUUGGUGGUGUAUCUUCAUUUCAGUUUGGUCUAUAUUUACUGUCCCCUUCAUCUUUUCUAAAUUCCAAAGAGAAAUUGAUCAAACUAUUGAAAAGGGAUUGAAUUAUACUAAAUCAAAGGGAAAGGCAAUCGUUGGUGAAACUCAAGAAAUUCCAAGAACUUAUAUGGAGAAAGUUGAUAAUAAAUUGAAUGAAUUAGUUCAAGAGAAUGGUAAUGGUAAUGGUAAGGGCAAUGGUAAGGGCAAUGGUAAGGGCAAUGGUAAGGGCACCGAACAACACAAGGAGAAUCCUACUCAUGGGUUGAUGAAUUCUGAAUUGGCUUCUGAAUUAGAAACUCGUCCUUUUGCGAAAGAACCUGUCUUUGAAAAAGAAGUUGUCUUUGAAAAAGAACCUGCUUUUGAAAGAUAUGGAGUAAGGGAUUAA